AUGGCCAAACAUGAGGUGAGGGUGGCCAGUGCUACAAGGGUGAUGAUAAAUUGGAGGAAGUUCCCCAAGAUCCUGCAGACCAUAACUUACAUGGGUGCUAAUAAUAUUAAGAUCAUCAAGGUUAGAUGGGAGAUACCUCCUUACCCUUUCAUUAAAAUCAAUACUGAUGGAAGCUACACAAAGAAGAGAGCAGGUAUUUGGGGAAUUUUUAGAGAUCACACAGAGCAUAUUUUGCUGUUCUAUAAGGCCCCUUAUAUUGCUGAAGAUGCUUUAGACACUGAAGCUGCUGCCUUAUAUUGGGCAUUAAAAUUUGCUAAGGAGAAUAAGUGGCAGUGGAUUGUUGCAGAAGUGGACUCCUCCCUGCUAGUGGAGCUACUAAAUUUUAAGAUGUCUUCCUCUUGGCAUAUUAAUCAAUGGCUUCACAUAAUUAAAAAGCUCAGCAUUGGAAGUAAUAUUCACUUCUCAUUUGUGAGACCUGCAAAUUUCCUCGCUAUGGAGGGUGCUAAUGCUGAACAUCCUGAG